UUUGGGUUUUAAUGGCUGCAUAAAAGAAUAUGAAGGAGCGGUCAUAACCAAAGACCAGGAGCAGAGGUAGAAGAAGAAGUGAAUGAGAAGAAGGGAGUCUCAGCAGCAACAACACAGAGAAAGAAGAAGAAGAAGAUGGUUGAAGAGAACGGAGAAGAAACCAACAGCAGGGAAGAACAAGAGGAGGCUUUGGUGGCUCUCAUAGAACAUCGUACCCGCGAAGUCCAACAUCUCAACAACCGCAUCUCCUAUUACCAAUCUCAGCUUAAGGAAGCAGAGAAGAGACUGAAUGAUUCACAAUCUAAGUUGGCUCGUCUUCGAGGGCAGAAGAAUGCAGUGCCAUAUAAAAAUAAAAUGGAUAAUGGAUCUAAAAGUGUCAAGGUGGAACGCAGAUCAACUAGUCCUAUCCAUAAAAAUGAAGGCUCUACAAGUAAAGCACAGUCUAAACCAGAACUUGUAAUUCCUGCUGUCACUCCAAAAAUUUCCCAACCUAUGAAAUGGGCAGGCUCUGGUUCCCAGGCUGGUCCUUUGGUUCCUAGCCACUCUAAUAGUUCUAUGAAAGCAAAAGGAGAAUUACCAUCUAGAACCAUUUCUGAGCGGGAAGUUGUGGAAAGUCAAGAUAAAGGGACAAAAAGAAAGUUUGAACAGAAAGAGCACAAGGAAUUAGUACCAUUGGUACGUAGUAGCGUUGCACCAUGCCUGAUCCGGUGCCAAACUAGCAAUCACAUAUCAAGUCAGCACAAGAGAAAGUUAAGAAGUCUUGCUUUGUGUCCAGUUAAUGAUCAGCUUUUCAUCACCAGUGCAUUGGAUGGAUUCAUCAACUUGUGGCAAGUUCAGUCCCGGGGGUCAGGUGCUUCUCUACUUAGUUCUACCGAUUGCGUGUCUCCAAAACAAAGGAGAUGGCCAGAGGAUAUAGCCUGGCAUCCGGACGGAAACAGUCUAUUUUCUGCUUACAGUGCUGAUAGUGGAGACUCUCAGAUAUCAGUAUUAAAUCUAAACAAAACACAAGGGAGAGGUCGUGUUACUUUCUUAGAAGAUAAACCUCAUGCGAAAGGUAUUAUCAACAGCAUUAUUUUCAUGCCCUGGGAAGAUGUAUGUUUCAUCACAGGUGGGAGUGAUCAUGCUGUUGUACUUUGGAAUGAGAAAGGCGCAGACAAUGUAUGGAAACCUAAGACAUUGCACAGAAAUAUGCAUUCUUCUGCUGUCAUGGGAGUUGCUGGAAUGCAACAAAAGCAGAUUGUAUUAUCUGCAGGGGCAGACAGGAGAAUAAUUGGCUUUGAUGUUAAUGUUGGAAGAGCAGAUUUCAAGCAUCAAAUAGAAAGUAAAUGCAUGAGUAUAAUACCAAAUCCAUGCGACUUCAAUCUAUUCAUGGUUCAAGCAGGGACUCCAGGGAGGCAGCUCCGACUGUUUGAUAUCAGACUCAGACAAACAGAAAUACAUGCUUUCGGGUGGAAGCAAGAAAGCAGUGAGUCUCAGUCGGCUCUGAUUAAUCAGGCUUGGUCUCCUGAUGGUUUAUACAUCACAUCGGGUUCUGCAGACCCCACCAUUCACAUUUUCGACAUCAGGUAUAAUUCUCACAAGCCUUCCCAAUCCAUCAAAGCUCAUCAGAAACGUGUCUUCAAAGCUGUAUGGCUUCACUCUGUUCCACUUCUCGUUUCCAUAUCUUCUGAUCUGAACAUCGGAUUGCACAAAACCACAUAAAGUUUCACCUAGGAGCUUUUUUUUGGUCUUGUUCGUCUACAGCAUGGGUGUUGAAGUCAUUUUUGUUGUUCUUAGGAGGAACAUAUUUUAGGGCAGUUUUGACACAAAUAUUCAUGAAAUUUGUAUUUAGAUAUUGGCGAAAUGAAUGUAACUUCUUGGGAAAUGAAGGAAACAAUGUAAACUGAAACCAAAGCAAGAUAUGGAGUUAGGAUUUAUCUUGAAAGUUGUAUGAUCCUGGUUUUAUGACAUACGUUGAUGAAUUUUUCUUUGAAAUUUUUUUGAAUAUGAGAAGAGCAAGAGAUGCAUUUCUGUU